CAAGAAGAAAACCCCACAAACGACUCACUAUCUGCAGGAGCAGUGAUCAGGCAGGAAGCGGCCACAUGUGCUUCAGUUCAAAACAAAAGUUGAAAGAGAUCGAUAAUCACUCAUCAGCACUGUUUAAGAUCUCACACCCCUUGAGGCAAAGUCUCUCUGUGGUCACUUCUCUCGAUCCUGCGUUCUGCUCUUCCAGAGGUCUCACCUGUGACCGGGUAGAGAUGAAGACCCCGCAGAUCAACCGAGGAGCGCCGGUAUCGAUGCUGCUGCUGCUGCUGCUGACAGGUGUUUGCAUUAACGGAUACAAGCCCGUCAUCAUCGUGCAUGGCAUUUUUGACGGACCGAAGCAGUUCGAAACACUGUCUUCGUUUAUAACCAAGGUGCAUCCAGGCACUGAGGUGUCGGUGAUUGACUUGUAUGACAACAUGGCCAGUCUGAAGCCAUUGUGGAGGCAGGUCAGAGACUUCAGGAAAGCCGUCGACUCCAUCAUGCAGAAGGCUCCUGAUGGCGUCCAUCUUCUGUGUUUUUCACAAGGUGGUCUAAUUUGUCGAGCACUUCUUGCCACGCUUCCAGACCACAACGUCCACUCUUUCAUUUCGUUGUCUUCACCACAGGCUGGACAGUAUGGAGACACAGACUACCUGAAGUGGGUAUUUCCAGACUGCAUGAAGAAGACAGUGUUUCGUAUUUGCUACAACAGAUUUGGACAGAAAGUGUCAAUUUGCGACUACUGGAAUGACCCUCACCAAAGGUCCCGCUUCCUGCAGAGCAACAGCUUUCUGGUGAUGCUUAAUGGAGAAAGACCUCACAGUGACAUGAAAGUAUGGAGGGAAAACUUCCUGCGCAUCAAGAAGCUUGUGCUGAUUGGAGGACCAGAUGAUGGCGUCAUCACACCAUGGCAGUCCAGCCACUUUGGAUUCUAUAACAACACCGAAAGCAUUGUAGAAAUGAGGAACCAGGAUUUUUACAGGAACGAUAUAUUUGGGCUGAAGACGCUGGACGCUCGUGGGGACAUGUCGGUGUGCGUUCACUCUGGAGUGAAGCACGUUCAGUGGCACUCGAACUUCACAGUGUUCAGGAGCUGCAUAGAGAAGUGGCUCACAUAAAAAAAAUAACUCACCUACCGAAUGUAAGAGAGAUGUUGAGCAGGUUAUACAGGGUGCUAUUCAAGUGAAAUAGACAAUAGAAACUGUUCAUGUUUGUACAGAGAUGUGCAGAUGAUAUUUUAGAAAUAUUUGACCCUCCCACAAACACACACACACACACACACAAAAUCCUGUUGUUGCAAUACAUGUUUUAUCACAAAUUCUAUUACAUUAGCAGUAUCUAUAGUUUUGUUGAUGAUGAAAUCAGAUAUAUCAUGUUUCCAUAUUGCAGGGUUUCUUUAUAGAUUAUAGUGGAUUUCUUGCUAUGUGAAGCAUCCCAGUGAGUUCAGUUAUGUUUUUUUAUCUUUCACACCAGUAUCAUAUUCCUUUUUUUUGCUAUAACCAUGACAAAUCAAAUACAUUUUGCCUCACACUUUACUAAUAAGACUUUAUGCUUUCUUCUGAACAAAAGGCUUUAAUGUGCAAUCAAAAAUCUGUGGUCUUGUAUUUUCUAGUGCUUUGAAAUUCCCUUUAUAGAAACAUCCUUUAAUGGCCCUAUAAUAUUAGGGUUAAUAGCCUAAAGAGACACAGUGAGUCAUGCAUAAUGGCAAUACAAGAGCAAAGACCGAUCAAUGACUGCCCUCUGGUGGACAUUUGUGGUACUAUAGAGUCUCGUAAAGGGGGAAUUCGCGCUGCAGCACAGAACAAUAAAGACUGCUUUAUCUUCCACUCUUUGGGGUGAAACCUGUUGGCAUCUUCUGCAACAAAUACGCCAUGAUGGAGAGUUUAAACUAAUUAUAUGUGACUGUUGUAUCUGUUUCAGCCUUAUGUAAGAAUUUCAGAAUAUCUGAAAUGUUGUAGGUUUUAUAUCUGUAUUAAAGUGAUUUGUAGAAA